AGGCCGGCGGCGGGAGGAGGGAGCGGAGGGCGCGGGGCUCGGCGCUGCCCGCCCGCCCGCCCGCCGGCUGCGCCCCAGCGGAGCAUGCACUGAGUGAGUGAGUGGCUGCUGCUGCCUCGGCUCAGGGCCAUCCCAGCCGCCGGGGUGAGCGUUGCAUGGUGUGGGGAUACACGGUCUCGAUAAUAAAUGAUAGAGGAUACAAUGACUUUGCUGUCUCUGCUGGGUCGGAUCAUGCGUUACUUCUUGCUUAGACCGGAGACCCUGUUCUUGCUGUGCAUCAGCCUGGCCCUGUGGAGUUAUUUCUUCCACACGGAUGAGGUGAAAACCAUUGUUAAGUCCAGCAGGGAUGCGGUGAAGAUGGUGAAGGGCAAAGUGGCCGAGAUCAUGCAGAAUGACAGGCUCGGGGGGCUAGACGUGCUGGACGCUGAGUUCUCCAAGACCUGGGAGUUCAAGAGCCACAACGUGGCUGUCUACUCCAUCCAAGGCCGGAGGGAUCACAUGGAGGACAGGUUCGAAGUAAUCACUGACCUGGUGAACAAGACUCACCCCUCCAUCUUCGGGAUAUUUGAUGGGCACGGAGGAGAGUCAGCAGCAGAGUAUGUGAAGUCCAGGCUGCCUGAGGUGCUGAAACAACACCUUCAAGACUAUGAGAAGGACAAGGAGAACAGUGUGCUGUCCUACCAAACCAUCCUGGAGCAGCAGAUUCUAUCAAUUGAUCGAGAAAUGCUGGAAAAAUUGACUGUGUCCUAUGAUGAAGCAGGCACAACCUGCUUGAUUGCCCUCCUCUCAGACAAAGAGCUGACAGUGGCCAACGUGGGGGAUUCCCGAGGAGUGCUGUGUGACAAGGAUGGGAAUGCCAUCCCCUUGUCACACGACCACAAGCCCUACCAGUUGAAAGAGAGGAAGAGGAUCAAAAGAGCUGGUGGUUUUAUCAGCUUCAACGGCUCCUGGCGUGUGCAGGGGAUCCUGGCCAUGUCCCGCUCCUUGGGAGAUUAUCCCCUGAAGAACCUCAACGUUGUCAUUCCUGACCCUGAUAUCCUUACCUUUGACUUGGACAAACUGCAGCCAGAGUUCAUGAUCCUGGCUUCGGAUGGGCUGUGGGAUGCUUUCAGCAACGAGGAGGCCGUUCGAUUCAUCAAGGAACGCCUGGAUGAGCCCCACUUUGGUGCAAAGAGCAUCGUGCUCCAGUCCUUCUACAGAGGGUGUCCUGACAACAUCACAGUCAUGGUGGUGAAGUUCAGGAACAGCAGCAGAACAGAAGAACAGUAAUCACUGGGGGUCCUCUGCCUCACUCUGAACUUCAACCAAACAACUCUGUAACGUUUUAAACGCGGUAGGAAGCUCUAGGAAACGCCACUGAGGUUCUGCAGGGAAGGAGCAGAUCCCUCUGGGCUUUGGGCUUUGCAAUACAACACCUGCAUUCUGAGUGAUGAUAAGAGUUCAGUUUGUGCCCACCGACCCAUCUCCAGUGCCCUUGCUGCUCCUUAAAUCUAACUGCAACCUCCCCACUCCCAAAUCUUCUUUACAAACCCUCCUUUUGUGUUUGAUUCCUCCCCUCUCCUUCUCUCCUUUCCCACACUUUCCUGGGGCUGCUCAGGAGGCUCAGGGAGCUCAGCAGCAAAAUGACAGGAAUGGUGCUGCCUGACCUCAGAGUGAUGCUCUCUCUCCUCUCUCUCCUCUUUCUCACCUUUUUUUUUUCCCCUUUUCUAAUCUGCAGUCAGAAGGGUGGAUAGGAUGAGGUUUGCCAUUACUGCUGUGAAGGAGGAAGAGAAGCCAGCUAUAACCUUGAUGCCACAGAACUGGCUCUCUUGCUUUCUUUAACCUCCCCCUCUCCCUUAAAUAAACCCUCAGCAAGCAUGUGAUUAGGGCUGGCUACAGAGUUACCUGAAGCCACACGUUUAUUCAGCCUGUGCAUUACUCUGAACAACAUUUCUUCUAUGCCACGUUGCAUCCAACCUCACUCCAGCAAAAUACUCUGAGGUCUGACACCUUCUAAAUAAAAAAAAAACCAACCCCAACCCAGCUCUGCUGUGCUACAAGAACAUCUGUCAGCCACCAGGACUCACCCUGACCUUAGGGGGUUUUGGCAUGGACUUUUUGCAGGCAUGUAAAGAAAGUGAAGCAAGAAAAAAAUUGGGUUUGGUGGUGACUGUUUGGAAAAUGAAUCAAAACAGUGCAUUCCUUAGAGCUCCCUAGAUGAAGUCAGGCCUCCUGGAGACUUUUUAUACCACUGCAGAUUAAUUUGUGGUGUUAACCCAGGGAAAACCCACACCAGAACCAGGUUUUGGAAUGGUGUAUAAAUGCCAGGCAGUGUCAUUGCCCUGCAGAGAGGAAAAUUAAUGUUAAAUCUAGAUGAAACAAUGUUUAGAUCUAACUUUCAGUAUUUAAUUGUAUUUUGGAAUCUGUGACUGCUGUAAAUUUCAACAAUGACAGUCUGAGGUUGCUGUGUAUCUGAUGCCUUGGCUGGGGGCUUCGUGAUGGAGAGGAGCAGAGCCAGGGCCAGAGCUGCAGGUCAGUAUUUUGGAUGGCUUUAUCCAGACAGUGUCUCAGAGUAAUCCUUGGAAUCCCCUCCCCACAGAACAUGGCCCCAGGUGAUCCCCUGAGGCCUCUGAGGUGAUUGUGGUUGUCAGUAUUUGGGUCCUGAGAUGAGUCAGGAUGAAUGCAUUGCCUGACAUGGGCUGUGUUCUGGGGAAAGAUACAGUGUCACUUGGUUAAAACCUGUCCCCUCUUCCUCAUCCCCCAACAACAGCCUCCUUGGGCACACAUCCCCCCCUACCAACAACCUUCCUGAUCCUUGCCAGGACCUGAUCCCACAGCCAGGAGGUGUCCUGGUCGUGCUGAGCAGCUCUGAUGCCUCUGGAGGCAGAAAUGAAAGAGUGAAAGAACACCAAUUCUGCUCCCUGCUGGAGAAGGAAUUCCCACCUUAGUCUGUUGGUUUCUGUUCCUGGGUUCUCUUCCCUCCCUUUGUUUGUUUGGGAACAGCUCUGGAUUGGAUGCUUUGCUGGCACCAGCUGGAGGUUUAUAAGGAGCCUUCAGCAGCCUCUUCCCACCCCUGACUCUGAGGAACAGGGAAGUGGAAAGCAGAAGUAUGGAAGGAUUGGGACUUUUUAACCCUCUUGGACAGAGCAGUCAGUGAAUUUUAAAUGCAGCUUUGCAGUUAAACUGAGCAGCUCACAGGAAGUGUGAAUAAUUGCAGAGCUCCUCUGUUAUUUUCCUUCCAACCCCAAUUAUUCUGUGAUUCUAUGGUUUUAUUUUGAAAGGUAUUUGAGGUCAGAAGGCUGUGGGGUGAAACCCUGGUGUGGUAUUUCCAUGGAGGUGUUUCCUCAGCAGUGUUCCAGCAGCAGGAUGGGUGCUGCAGGCAGAGCUGGGGCUGUGUGGGGCAUUUCCCUUUCCUUUCUCCUUCCCCAGGGAGGGUUCUGUUGUUGGGGUUCUUCUUUGUAGGACACUGACCAGGACAUUUGUCUAAACAGCUGCCCAAGGAACAGGAGAAUUAUCCCACCUUCCUGGGAGCUGUUUCCUGGCCAAGGACAUUCCUGCCUCGCCCCUGAGCUUUGGUCAGGAAUUUACUUUUGGUUUUAUUGCUUUCAAAACCCAGUUAAGGAUCCUUUAGGUUUAAAGGUGAAGGACAAAUGGAAAUGAGCAGCUUUGUGCAGCCUUCCCCACACAAUGGCAGUGCCUACCUCUGCUCCCUGCCAGAAGGCUUCUAAGCACCUUGUAAUCCCAUUCUAAACAUUUAUAACUUCCCAAUCCUGCAGAUUUGUGCCAAAUUCUGUCAGAAUACUUCCAGCUGUUGGCUGACAAGAUGUAAGUGAUGUCCUUGGGGCUUCUGCAGCCCAACCAAGCCAGGGGCUGAGCCCCAAACAACUUGGGGGUGUUUUGGGUUGGUGGCUCCACACACAGCCAUGUGCACAGAGGUGUUCAGAGAAGGGUUUGGUUUUUUUUUGCUGAUUUUUUGAGCAGCUCCACUGCUCAUCUGCUCCCCAAGGAAGAGCAUCCCGUGGCAGAAAAAUAAUAUAUUUAAGGUGCUGCCAAAAAACCCCCCAAAAAGCCUCUUCCCUGGGGCCUGAGGUGAACAAAUGUACCGUGUCAGGAGUCGUCUGAGGCAGAACUUAAAAAGAAUUUGGGCUCUUCCCAGGGAUAUAAUAAAGAGUUUAACUGACACAAAAAGUUUGAAACCUCCUGCCACCCAUUGCCUUGCUGCUUGCUGGCUCCUGUCCUGUCCCCGCAGGGCUGGAACUGUCACCCCGGUCCGGUCCCGGUGCUCCGGCUCCGGUGGCUUUACAGCUCCUUCUAGCGGCUGCCCUGCCCCCAGCACCCUCCCCGGGCACUGCUCCUUCAACGAGCAGGUUUUGGGGUGAAAAACGGGGGGUUUCGUGUCCCCAGGGUGGCAGGAGCCCCGGUUUUCUGGUAUAUAAAAUCAAUAUCCCCUCCCUGCUUAGCAGUGCAGGCGGUCUGGGCACACCGAGGUGGUUCCCCCGGGGAGGGAUGGUGACAGAGACAUCACCAUGAAGGUUCUAAAAAGACAAAAUUGGAAAGGAAUGAGCCUGUUUUACUGAAGAGAGUGUUUAAAAUAUAAAAUAAAGGCAAAGCCAUCAAGGUCAGGGUGUUGACUGCUGACCUGGGAACAGGAGGUCAGGAGCAAAACAGUUUCAGAGACAAACUAACAGUGAUGGUGGUGUUAGAUCACAACAGUGAGCACUAAAGAGUGGUGUUUGCACCUUGAGGAUGAGGGAGUUUUGCUGUUAGCUGCCUCAGAAUGUCCAUUUAACAGGUUACAGCUUUGCAAGCAGCAAUUUGGGAAGUUUUCCCUUUGGGUAAGGUGAAGUUCUGGGUGUCCCUUGGCUCGGGGUGUCCACAAGAAUCAAGAAGCUGUUAAGCAAAAUGUCUGCAGCCAGAGCAGCUGGAGCUUACCUGAAACCUCCAGCAGAAGCUCACAGGGUGCAAUUAUUGAGGAAAGUCCUGAAAUCCACUUUUCUGAGCAGGUCAGCUCCCAGCUGGCCUCAGUGCUAAGGAAGGACUAUGAACUGGCUGAGCAAUAGGGAAAUAAAGCAAUUUUUUUUUCUGCAUUUAAAUGGCAAACCUAUUUUUGAGCUGGGGAGGUGCAUCAGUGCUUCUAGGGACAGGGAUGCUCAGAAAACCUCUCCAGCUUGUUAAAAAAUUAAAAAAAAAACCCACUUCAAAAGCUGUUUGGUGGGAAUAUUUCAGUGAGCCACUUUAAAAGCACUUCUGGGCACUGCAUCUGGAAAGGCUCAGAAAGGAGCCAGGCUCAUGAUGAACACCCAGAGCUCUGCAGGGUCAGGCUGGAGUUUUAGGAACAAAAAUCCUACACAAACCCCAAGAGAAAGGAACCAGGAGGUUCUGGUGAUCCAUCUGGGUUAAGGAGAGCUUCCAGUUAGUACAACAGCUCUGGGUUCUGUAAGAGCCUCUUCAGGGUCCUUUGUAACAUUUUUUCACUGGGUGCCAGGGGUGUUUUUAAGAUUUUUAUCUUUAUGGUGAGCUCAGGGGAGACUUGGAAGUUUCCUCCCAGGCAGGGGAAGGAGUUCCAGAGAGGAGGAGCCAGGACACCCUGGGCUCACCAGAGUUAAAAAAGAAAACAACUCAGCAGGAUGAAUGCAGCCUGGAAAAUUCAACUGGCAGAAAGGACGAGGUGAGCAGAGCUCAGAAAGCUCUCCAGAGGGGUCACAGGGGGUAAACUUUUUAAAGCCUUUAUUUUAGAGUGUUUGGUUGUGGGGCUCAGGAGCCACCCCUGCCAAGCUCCCUUCAGCAGAGACUGCAGAAGCUUCCCAUCCCCUCCCUACCACCUCUGCCUUAGGCAAACUGUAUAAAAAAAAAAUGAAUAAAACUGUACAAACUUACCAAAAUAUCCACAUAACUCAGAGCAAAAUGGAGAGGAACCAAUAUCUGACAGCCAGAGAGCAAAGCUCUGCUCCCCAGACUCCUUCAACACAACCCACAGACACGGGGCAGGAAUUCAGUGGCACAGGAGUUAAACUUUUAAUUGAAAUUUGAAAGAAAUAUGAGAAAAUUACCAUUUUUUCCAUGCAGUUGUGGGCUGCCUCCAACGAACUUGCACUGUAGGGCUUUAGUAGUAAUUAGAAAAAGAAACCAGAACUUAGGAAAAUAACCCAAACCUUCCUUGUCCUGUCAAUACUGUCAUAGAAUAAUUCCCCUAAACUCACAGCCUGUUCCCUGGUUCAGUCUGAACUCGCUUGCUCCAGACUGCACACAAAACACUGAAACAUUUUUGCUUUUUAGUUUUUGAACUAACACACACUUGAGAUUUUACCCUAUAAACCCCUUUUGCUCUCCACCCAGCAGCACUUCCCAGAUUAUCACCAGACUUUUCAAGUCAGAAAGCCCCAAACUUCUCACAUCCACAUCCCAAGCAGUGGGAAUUCUGAUUUCAGAGCUUUCUGAACCACCUGCCCCAAAAAAGAAGAAUCUUAGGAUUUGGGAAGAUCUUAGCCUGUGGUUUAGGCUUCAUUUUUAGUCCAGUAUCAGCAGAUGCAAGAAAACUUGGGCCCACCACUGACUUUUAACACAUCAGUUCCCAACCUUAAGCUUUUCUUACCUCUCUGCUCACACUAAAAACUUUCCUGUUCCUUCCUUUAAGCUUAGGUAUAAAUUUUUAUGGUCUUUUAAGCAAUAGUAGGGUCAGACUCAAACCAGUUGGAAAUGGCUCAAAAACACAACCCAAGAGCAGGAAUAUUUUCCAAUGUCAGUUUCUUGCAGAACUGAUGCCACUUGAGGUCCCAGUUUCAGGUGGCAUGAAGAGAUGUCUGUGUUUAAAAGGAAAAGUCUGUGAGCAGUGGGGAGGUUUGGGGUGGUGCCCAGCCUGCCCAGCUCUGGGAUUCUCCUGUCUAAGUCUCUCCCCAGGAGCUCUCUGCUUUAUCCACUUCUUGAACAUCCAGAGUCUUUCCUCAUGACAUUUUUUUUCUUGGAGAAAGCAAUACAAAGUGUGUUGUGGUGUCAGUGUUCUGCUGACAGAAUAAUUUAUUUCUAACUACUGAACAUGGCUUACAUAAAAAAAAGGGAGCUUUAGGGUUUUUUUUUGCUUUUUUUUUUGAGCUGUAUAAACAAUCAAAGAACAAGUUCAAGAUUCCUCCCAGAGCUCUCAGGAUCUGACCACUCUACAACAAUCAAACCACAGAUCCUACAGGAACAGCUGUAGUUUCUAGGGAUACAACAGCUUUCUUCCCUCCGUUAUGCAAUACUGUACCUUUAGCUCUUUAGUUCACCAAAAAAAUUCUAUUUUUGAAAACCUUUGACCUUAACAUCUUAGAACACUGACACCUGAAAUACUCCUCUAGAGGGUAUCGUCCCCAAGACCUCAUUUUUAUAGCUAAAAUAAAAGAACACCUCCUGUAAUUCCAUCAGCAAACCACGUGCAGUUGACAAGACAGCAAAAACUCACUACUGACCACAAGGUAACAAGAAAAAAAAACCAAACCUGGUGAAACCUCAACCUUGGUACUAGAGGUUUCUGCACCUCUGCUAAUUUGUCUCUAAGAGACGAUGUGAAAGCCAGCCAAAUGUAAAUACAUCACCACAUCCCAGCUGUAGUACAGUCAGGUGGCAGUGCUCUGUCAUUCUAGGUGUACAGGAUGUCACUGUAGUAUCCUCCCUGUGUAGUGGAUGUUAUCAAGAGUAAUCAUGUCCCUGCAACUGCAAAUCCUGUAUUCUUGUCUAUUAGAAGUGUAAAGUACUGAAAAUCUUGGCCUUGCUGAUAUGAAUAAAGUGAUUCAAAUA